AUGCCUUCGUUCAAGUCUUCCGACAUUCCUGACCUUACUGGCCGUAUCGCCAUCGUUACGGGCGGUAACAGUGGUCUCGGAGAAGCUUCUUGCCUCGAGCUCGCCCGCAAUGGCGCCAAGGUGUACAUGGCAUCGCGUACCGAGUCCAAAGCUCAAGAGGCGAUCCAAAAGAUCAAGCAGGCUGUGCCCAAGGCCGAUGUGCAAUUCCUGCAGCUGGAUCUGACCGAGCUCGCCGCUGUGCGCAAGGCUGCCGAAAACUUCCUGUCCCGCGAAAGCCGUCUCGACAUCCUGCUCAACAACGCAGGUGUCAUGGCCACGCCGUACACUUUCACCAAGGAUGGAAUCGAGCUUCAGGUCGGCACCAACGUUGUCGGGCACUACCUCUUCACCAUGAUGCUCCUCCCUACGCUGUACAAGACUUCCAAGCUGCCCGAAUACGCUUCGCCGGACUCGCCGACUGUCCGUAUCGUCCAGGUUUCCAGCUUGGGCCACGUCGCCUCGCCUUCCGACACCAGCUUCAAGGACCUCGAAGCGGUCAACAAGCAAUACUGGCCCGAAAUGAAAGGUACCUGGGAUCGCUACGGCAAGAGCAAGCUCGGCAACAUUCUCAUCGCCAACGAGGUGAGCAAGCUGGUUCCCGAAGAUGCUCGUAUCAGCAGUCUCUCGAUCCACCCCGGUGUAGUGAAAACGGGACUGCUCCGAGGACCCAACGAAUCGUACGGUCGAAUCAUUGCUGCCAUCUCCAACUUCGCAAGCAGGAUCUUCACCGCUCCCGAAGACGGUGCGCUGACACAGCUCUAUGCGUGUGCUUCGCUCGAGGUCGAUCGCCUGAAGCUCGAUGGAGCAUAUCUUGUCCCCGUAGCCAAGGUGGGCAAGAAGAGCAAGCUCGGCCAGGACAAGGAUGGCAAGCUGGGAGAGGAGCUGUUCAGCUUCUGUAACGGCUUUAUCAAGGAGAAGCUCAACCUGGAUCUGCCUGCUCACGUCAAGGAAAUCGGCGUACAGCUGCCUCAGAGCCAUCUCUAG